AUGAGGCCCAGUGGUGCAGCCGCGGUGUCCCUGGGGCUGUGGGUCUUGGUGACAGUGAACGUGGUGGCAGACCCCGGUGUGACCGAACCCAAGCGCUGCUCCCUCUCUCACUACCGCUGGUUGGACCCCAGGGCGCUGGAGGCGGUCAAGGCGCUGAGGGACCACUACGAGGAAGAGAUGCUGAGCUGGAGGCCGCGGAACUGCUCCUUCCGCCCACGGAGGGUUCCCCCGCUGCCCUGGUCGUGCGCACGGCUCCGCCUGGUGGCCCGGGGCCUCUCGGAAGCCCAGGCCGUGCUGAGCAGCCUGCCCAGCCCAGAGCUGUUUCCCGGCGUCGCCCCAACCCUGGAGCUGCUGGCGUCCGCGAGGAGGGACGUGGUGGCCUGCCUGGAGCUGGUGCGGCCAGGUUCCUCAAGGAAGUCCCCGCGGGCACCCAGGAGGCGUCCCCAAAGGCGAAGACCUGACUCGCCUCGGUGCCAUGAAGCCACCAUCAUCUUCAACCUCCUGCGCCUGCUCACGUGGGACCUGAAGCUGGCGGCGCUCUCAGGGCCUUGCCUCUGACCCGACUGUGAGGCGGGCCCCGCGGCUCUGCAGGCGGGCGGCUUAGGUCGGGGCUCUGUGCUGCCCUCUGGUCCAGGCAGGUCUCCAGCCAGUGGGCGCCCGCGCUCAGGAGACUCUGCCGCCGCCGCUGGCCUCACCUGGAUGGCUGCGCUGAGCGCACCGUGAAGUGCGGGGACAUUUCCGGAGAGGACAUCGCGUCCCCUGGAAGCAGGGACAUGUCUGUGGAAGGCAUUGCCCUGAAGACCCGCCAGGGGCCUUGUGUGGCAGGAAGAGACUUGAGUCCUGAGUCCACGGGGGACGCUGACCCCACGUACCAUGGGCGAGGCUCUACUUCUCUGGGUACCAGCAGCCCAGAACCGAGUCUCCAGGACAGUUCCCACGCCCUGGUUUGAGCCUUCAGUGUCUCCUAUGAGAUUCUAUGAAUCUGUGACUCCUGCAGCUCUCCACUGGAGAGGCCUGGUCCCUCAGGGAUGAGGCAGUGACAGCGCACGAAGUCCUUAGGUUACUGCAGAAUUUUGGAUUCUGUCAUCCGUGUGUCUUUUGUAUUUGUGAAAUCCCUGAGUAAUGGGCUACUCUGUCUUUCAUUAUUAAAUAUUCUUGCAUUUA